AUGUGUUGAUCUUGUGACUGUCUCAAGGUAUUAAUAUCACGAUUGUUUGCCGAAUGCUUCACUGAUUUCAAAAUGUCUGAAGUAGUAAGGGACCGGUCAUUAUUUAUGGUGGGGGGUGGCACCGAAGAGAAAAUGGUUGGGUAAACUAAAUUUUGAGUAAGUAAAAGGUUGGGUAAAUGAAAAACAAAACAACUCAAGGGUUGGGUAAUAAAAAGUUAUAGUCAUAUGUCAAUACAAUAUGUGAAUCAAUCAGUCACUGUCUUGAUCAUUUUCCAAUUUGUUAGAAGACAAAUGGUGUCUCCAAAGAAAGCACGUGUGCAGACAUGAUACAUUAGACUGCAGCAAAUUUCACAAGCAGUUAUCAAACUCCUGUCACAGAAAUCGGGUAAAGGACAUAUGUGGCAACUGAAUGGUAACCUUUUGUAAAGUUUAAUUUUGGCCAGGGGUGGGUAUUUAUUUUUUACUUGAUAUUUGAGGUUGGGUAAUCAAAUUUUUGACUUUUUAAUGGUUGGGUCAGCAAAAUGUUUGCCACGAAAAACAUUUCUCUUCGGUGCCACCCCCCACCAUAAAUAAUGACCCGUCCCUAACCGGUGUUGUGAAACUUACAUUUGAAUUUUUAGCGAACAAGAUUCGCAGUGGAAUUGCAGAACGUUUGAAAGAUGGCGACGUCACGGACGAAAAAUGUCGGCGCUUGAUCGUCCGAGAACUUGACGAUAUCAAAAGCAAGUUGGACGGUUUGGCGAGAAAGGAUUUACUGAGUAGCCUUUGUUUUCUACAAGAAGGAGUGAAUGGACUACCUCAGUCCCUACUUCAAGUGGAUUCAAGUGAGAAUACAGCAGAAUCGACCGGUCAAGCGAGCUUACUUGAAGCUGCGUUAUCCAGAGACACUGGUCCUGAUUCUCCUAUCAAAGAAGGCAUUGCUCUUAUAAAUGCCAUGACGUCAUUGAAAAUACGUUCAAACGACCGCUUCAAGUCUGCCAUAGAAUCGUUCAAACUCGCGCGUGAAAAUGUUACCAAGGCAUUCUGUAACGAAGCGUUGUCGAUCGAUGACCGAAUUCAAGCGUCGCAGAUCAGAAUGAUGGCAAGAAUUUUAGAAAAAUUGGAAGACCCAGAAGCAAGCGCUAGCGAUUGCUUGCAGUACCUUCAACAGCUUCAUGAUAUCGGAGCUAUUCGAGAAAUAUUUUCCGUUCUGAUUGACGGAGGAAUCAAGUCAAGGUUCAAUAAAACGAAGCGACUUAACAACGCCUCGUCAGUUCAAGUCAUGAAUCAAGUAUUGUUUGAGUUCGUCAAAAAGUAUACGAAACCGUCAUUGGUCCCAAGGAUUUCUGCCUGGCCGUCGAUUUUGCUCGGUGAAAAAACUUACCAUCCCGUGCUUGGAGAAGAUCGCAUUAUUGAAAAACUUAAAGGGUCUGGUAUGCAGGUAAUGUCACUGGGUUCAGAUUUUACAUUUGGUGAUAAAAUUUAUUAUUCUGGAUAUUAUUCUGUUGUGAACAGCAAGGGAGACAUCGUUUCAGUGACGCAGGAUGAACGUACUUUUAAGGUUUUUAAACGUUCAGGGGAAAGUC